GGGUGGUGGCAAUGGCGGCGAUGCAGGUACGUGGCUAUGAGAGUCACAGCAACAUUAGGUGACACAAACGAUGGUUAUUGACAAUAUAGUGGCUACAUCGUCUUCUAACUUGGAUCUACCACUCAUGUGUUCACUAUGGGAUUAUAUGGAUAACCAACGUCCAUCUGCAAAAGUCCCCUUUAGGAAGUUAUGAAGAAGAACAGCCCAACACACGUCCCUCCGGACAGAAGAGGAAAAAGACAUGAUGCUCCCUCACCUAAAAAAGCUCACAAUCCUGUAGCAGAAUCAACAGCUGUCUCUGUUACUGGCGCUACAGGUGAAAGCAAGGUUAAAAAGCUUGAGGCAAUAGGACAGAAGUUUUCCGGAGGUCAAGUACAAGGUAGCGUCAGUACGUAUACUGGAGAUGUCAACGUCAACAUCCACAACAGUUCCUCCCGGCCAGAACUUGAAGAUCUUCACAUAGACUGUGAGACUGGACUGAAGCUUCGUGAACGUCUUGAUGCCAUGCAGCAAAGGAUAACAGACUUGGAGCGAAGAGUGUUGAAGCUCGAGAAAGAUGCAGAAGCAGAAACCAGGAUGUUGCCUUGGAUGCGAUCUGACGCCAGCGGACACUAUUCAGCUGAUGACGAUACAGAGUCGGUUUCAGACGCAGUUUCAGAAGGUGGACACAGGUUGGACACAGAAGGGAAGAUGCCUCACCUAACGUCCAUGUGGGAGAUACAAGAGGGCAACAUGAAGCUGAUCUACUAUGACAGGAACCACAUGCUGUAUGAAGCUUGUCGGGAGGGAAAGUUAGAGAUAGUAAAGAACAUUUUGUCAACUGGUUCUGUAGAUAUAAAUAACAAAUCCCAGGGUGGCUGGACACCUUUGCUUCUUGCAGCCAGUACAGGUCAAAAAGACAUAUUUGAUGUGUUGGUGAGGAAGGGGUGCAAUACCUCAGCACUGUUAGACAACGGCAACAAUAUCCUUCAUGUGGCAUGUUUAAGUGGCAAUACUGAUAUCAUAGAAUAUCUUACAGCAGUUGUCAGUAUUAACAGUAUAGGCAUGUAUGGCAGAACAGCUGUGAUGAAGGCGGCGGCUAUGGGCAAUAAAAACGUAUUCGAUCUCCUGGUGGGUAAAGGAUGUAACCUGUCAGCAGUGGAUGAUAAAGGUAACAACAUCCUUCACUUUGCCUGUUUUGGUGGCAAUGUGCACAUUGUCAAUUAUCUCAUCAAACACAAUAUAGCUGACAUAGAGAGCCGAGGCCAGGUAGGGAGAACACCGGUGCUGUUUGCAGCCGAGAUGGGUCAAAAGCAGGUGUUCGAUCUCCUGGUGUGUAAAGGAUAUAACCUGUCAGCAGUGGAUGAUAAAGGUAACAACAUCCUUCAUCUUGCCUGUUUUAGUGACAAUGUGUACAUUGUCGAGUAUCUCAUCACACACAAGAUAGCUGACAUAGAGAGCCGAGGCCAGGUAGGGAGAACACCGGUGCUGUUUGCAGCCGAGAUGGGUAAACAGCAGGUGUUCGAUCUCCUGGUGGGUAAAGGAUGUAACCUGUCAGCAGUGGAUGAUACAGGUAACAACAUCCUUCACCUUGCCUGUUUUAGUGACAAUGUGUACAUUGUCGAGUAUCUCAUCAAACACAAUAUAGCUGACAUAGAGAGCCAAGGCCAGGUAGGGAGAACACCGGUGCUGUUUGCAGCAGAGAAGGGGAAACAGCAGGUGUUUGAUCUCCUGGUGGGUAAAAGAUGUAACCUGUCAGCAGUGGAUGAUAAAGGUAACAACAUCCUUCACCUUGCCUCUUUUAGUGGCAAUGUGCACAUUGUCGAGCAUCUCAUCACACACAAGAUAGCUGACAUAGAGAGCCCAAGUUUGGUAGGGAGAACACCGGUGAUGUUUGCAGCAGGGCAGGGUAAACAACAGGUGUUCGAUCUCCUGGUGGGUAAAGGAUGUAACCUGUCAGUAAUGGAUAAUGAAGGUAACAACAUCCUACACCUUGCUGCAUUCACGGGGACAGUAGGAAUUGUAAACCGAGUUCUCUCAGAGUCAGCUGUAGAAGUAUCUGCCACAAACAACAGAGGUGAAACGCCAUUGCAGCCUGCACUGAGAAACAAACAUGGCGCUAUAGUGGAGAUUCUUAGAGCUAGAUCUGACACGCUGCUUUGAGUUUGGAGAACUAUUCAGGGCCAUAUCAAGGGGCUUAUAUCGGAGUGUCUCUGGAAGUGUACAUCAUUCAGAGCUGUCUGUGAUAAUUUCUUGUACAAAGAUAAAUGUCUUUUUUUACCUCACUGUAUUUACAGUUCAUGUACGGGAUAAAAUAAAUGUUUCAAAUCAUUAA